CCAGAUAUUUUUAAAUUUCUAUUUAUUUUGUUUCGCAGAUCGUUGAUUUUUAGAAUUAAAACUGAAAUGAAUCGAGGCCGUAAUUUGAAACGUGGGACUAUGCCGAGGGUUCAAGCUGGUUCAAGUUCAACUCCACAUUUAGUAGCAAACCGGACUAUAAAAAGUUUUGAUGAUGUUUAUCUUACAUGUGCAGAUGAUGAGGAUGCUGUUGUAAAUAUUCAUUUUAAUGGUCAUACAAUUUCCUUCAAAUGUGGAGAAGAUUGGGAAGGGAAUUUGUUAGUUCAAUUAAAUGAUGAGAAGAUACUUUUGAAGCAGGAGUGGCAACAUAUCAAUGUGAAAACGCAAAAACUUUACUCGCCUAUGGAAUUCAUUGAGGCGGCCGAACGAUGCUUGGAAGAGGAUCCUCCGAAUGUUGUUCAAUCAAGUGAAAAGUGUUGGGGCUCCCUAGGGUCAGCAAUUGCUCUCUUUUAUAAGGACUUAACUGUUGUUGUUCAAGAGGGAUCGUCCACUAAAACAUUACAAGGACUCAACUUGAAGACACAUAAGGCUACGAUAGCUAUGGCGGGUUUUGCUGCUAAUUUUAGUUCACAGGGUGCUAGACUUGGAGGAGUAAUUGAAUGCGUUAAGCGUGGACACCGUAACUUUAUUAGAGGGUUUUUAAGCAGUUCUCAAAUGAGGAAAACAAUUAAGAAAAUGAGGGAUUUUAUUGAAGAAUUGAAUAAAAUUGACAAGAGGAAAGUUGAAGAAGAACUGACUCCACUCGUAAAUUCUGGCAAUUAUAAGAAGGUUAUUUUUCAUAGACUGACGAGACCAGAUUAUAUUUGUUGCAAUGUUUAUGAUUUUGACAUUCAAGUUACAGAAAAAGAGUAUAUUAAGGAAGAUAAGAAAAGUUUUCCUCCCAAAAAAUAAAUUUAUUUCAAAUUUUUAAUUGAUUUUUUUGUUGUUAUUUAUUUUUUCGAUAUUUUUGGCAUUUAAAAUGUGAUGUUUGGCUUUAAAUAAAUUUCACUUCUUUCAUUUUAUGAUUAAUUUUUGGUUGUUUGAUAACGGGAGAAGGAGGAUGUAACAUGUUUUAUUUGUGGAAAGUGUCAUAGUUUUGACAUUGAAGUUAGUGAAGAAAGGGAACGAAAAAGAAAAUUUUUCGUUCUCAAAUA